AUGUCCGACUCUGACGACAGUGAUGACUUCUUCGUCAGCAAAAGAAAACCGAUCAUGAAAGCUAGCACCCCUCCACCUGUACUCUCCUCCCCCGAACCCUCCGACGACGACCUUUCCGAGAGCAGUAAGAAGAAAAAGCGACGCCCGAACAAGAAGGCAGAGGCAAAGGCGCUCCCAGAGUGGACGAGGCCCGCCAGUGAGACGAGGAGAGAGAGGGAACGGAAGAGAAGUGAGAAAAGAUCUACGGAGAGCAAAGAGAGGGGAAGGAGUUCUUCAAUGGCAGUUGUUCAAGAAGAAUCAGAAUUGCCAAAAUCAACAAGAAGUCGGGUGGUGCUCACCCCACCGCCGCCUAUCUCUGCCAAAAAGCAGCAAGAGAUCAAAGACCUUGUUCAGUCAAUGUACGGAGACAAAGCAGAGGAAGAAGAGGAAAAAUUCCCAGCCGAAGAGGUCGAUGAUUCGCUUCCUUCGCCGAGUAAGGACGAAGUCGUGGAUGUCACCGUGCGGUUACAACUGGAUCCGAUCAAAAAGUCGAAGGCUCCAGCGAUGGCCAUCAAAAAGUUUGAGAUGCCGAGGACGGUCAAGUUCCGACGUGAAGACAACAUGUACCGUGUCUUGGAGGUUCUGGGGGAUAAGCUGAGCAAAAGCCCAGAUGACUUUGUACUGGUGUAUGAUGGAAAGAGGGUUUGGCCGUCAGACAGUCCCAAGGGUCUCAAAAUAUUCGGCGGCAGUGAGGUUGACAUGAUGGGCUACGAGAAGCUUUAUUGGGAGAAGAUGGAGAAGGAGCGCCGUCAGCGGUUGGAAAAUUACGACCUCUCAUAUGACCGCGAACCAUCACUAGCAAACGAGGACGGCAAACCCGGCGAUACCAACGCAUCAGCAGAGGCAGCGUCGGCUUCUCCUGCCCCUCCUGAAGAAGCCGUCAAAUCCAUUAGGCUUACCGUCAGGGGGAGUGACGGCCAAGAGGCCAAGAUCAAGGUAUCAAAGACUGUCUCGGCGCAUACUGUCUUGCGCUUCUACUGCAAGAAGGUAGGGCGGCCGAAGGAAGAUGCCGAUGGGAUGCAGCUUGUCUUUGAUGGCGACAACGUGAACAACGAUGAAAAAAUGGGAAACAUCGAUUGCGAAGAUGGCGAUAUGCUGGAGGUCAGAAGUCGCUAG